UAACGUGAGAGGUGUGUCUGUUCUGCCGCCUGCUGGGUUUACUACCGCGUCGCUGAGUUCCCAGCGGCAGGUGACCAGUACUGGAGCUAUGCCAAUCCCUGCUGCCUCUGCACCCUUCGCUGCACCCUUCGCUGCACCUCUAUCUGCACCUCUAUCUACGCCGCUCUCCGCAAUUCCUAUCGAUCUAGCUCGUCCUUCAGAGCCACCAGCCAGUGUUAAUAGCAAGCCACAAAUGGUCGAGAUCAAGCGCAGGACAGAUAUAGUGCUGUCCGCAGAAGGUCACAAGGCAGCACGCGCCGUGCCAAGAGCACGUCCCGGGAGAGGCUGAUGACUGGGAAGGACCUGGCAGCCCAUGUGUCGACGGCAGAGCCCAUGCAGCCAGAAGUACAUGCUUCUACUACACCGGCCCAGCCCCCUGCACAUGCACCAGAUGCUCAGGGGCCGAAGCCUCAUGCUCCGCCUCUCAGUACCGAGUCCAAGGCAUCUACUGAGCCGCGGGGCACUAGCCACCCACGUUCACGUCGAACCAGUACUCUGGAGCCCGCGCGCAGCCGGAUGCCAAAGUCUGACGACGUCAAGAAGCUCGACCAGGAAUGGACUAAAGGCGGCAAGGAGGUCAUCCGGCGCCACCAGGCCGUCGAGAUCCUGAUGCACACAUCGGGCGACAGCCUCGCUGACGAGGAUAUUGUGCCGCGCGAUGAUAUCGAGCGACACAAUAUUGAGUCGUAUGUGACUGAUGCUGGCUACGACCUGGCCGGUAUGUCUAUUGCCGAGUCGGAUAUUGGCUCGUUUGCGUUGAGCGAGCUCGACGAUGGCCCCGAUAGAGAUGCGCAUAACUAUGUUAUCAGGGUUGAUGGCAAAGAGGUGUCCAUGAAGGACCCGAGUGACGGGUCAAAGAAGGGUAUGGCAGAGGCUGCUGCUGAAGCCGAAGCUGUGGCAGCCACAGCCGCCAAGUCUGCAGCCAGGCUAGCGGCCCCUGGCGUGCAGGAGUCGGCAGAAAUUGUCAGCUUUUCGGACCUCCUCAGCAACGAUGUCUUUGGGUCGUGGACCAGUAGUGGCAUGCCGACACAGGCAAACACAGCCGUCCAGUCCACUGUCCACAGCAACCGGCAUCUGAUAAUGGUGCCAGUGGAAAAGGAGGAAUCAGGGUUCCUCCUCGAGCCCCUGCAAGAGCAGCAGGAGUCGGCUGCCAGCAUCCGCGCCUCAAAUGCUGCUGUCCAGCAAACACCUCAUGUCAGCCUGCUGGAGACCCCAAAACAGCCUUCUGAGCCCACGGCGGCUGCUACUCAGGCCAGCAACGAGGCAGAUUUCCGUAUGAGCCUGCUCCGCCGCCGCUCCAACGGACUGGAUGUAAGCGCUAGCAAGGCGGGGACUAUGCCACAGUACCAGUUCCCGACCCAACCCGACUCUGCUGGCAACCGAAGGGCAGCCUGAUUCGCACACCAUUUCUGUGCGGCACAUUGCCAACGGGCCCCCGUC